CUCUGUUGCCCCUCCGUGACCGUCUCUAUUCACCCUGCAUCGCUGGACCAGAAAGAGAAUGUAAGGGAGAUUCUGAUUUCCCCUUACUGAUGAUCUAGCUCUAGGCUGCAGUACAAGAACGGUCACUGUUCCUGCUGCAGCCUUGCGUGCGUUGAUAUCGCGCACCCCUCUUCCCCGCUACAUCUUUCCAUUUCUUUUCAUUUCUCAUAGAUUGCUUCCUUCAGAAUGCCUCGCAAGGACUUUCAGAGAGACCUAGCAAAGGCCUUAGAGCCGGGUCUCUUUGCACAUCUAGAUCAUGUGCGACCCGGGGAUGAUGAUGGCUCCAUCUACUUCACCUAUACCGCUCCGUCCGACGCUCAAACUAUUGAGCUUCAGAUAUCGGUGCCGGAUACCUCGCAAUACCCGAAAGACCACACAUACUUUGCUUUUGCGGCCACAGAUAACAUCCCGGAGGCUGUAUCGACCGCGCUGGAGAAGUUCCAGCCGGCGGAUUGCACGUUGACCGUGCAAGAAUUCCUAGAAUACAUUAGCGAGCGCCUUGACGCUGCCAUUCUGGACCUCAACUCCCAGACUGACUCCUUUGACGGGAUCGACGACGAAGGUGACCUGGACGGCGAGACGAGCCUCCUGUCCGACGAAGAAAUGGACUGGGAAGAUGACGACGAUGUGAUCUUCAGUGCACCACGAGACCCUCCGAUCGCCAUGUCGGAAUUGCGAAGCGACCUGCAAAUUGUCAAAGACUCAGGAUAUAAGAUCGGCUAUCUGGGUUAUCUAGCCGGCCCGGUCAUCAUUUCAAUCUCGUGCCGCAUCGCCAAACUUGGCAUCUCCUACGAGGCCAUGAAGGCCUGGAACGUUUCUCCUUCCGACUAUCUCGUGCUUCUCAUUCGAUAUCCCCAGGGAUAUACUCGCUUAGGUGCCAUUCUUACCAAAGCACCCACAGGGACAUCCACCAUAGAGAUGCAUGUUGGCGCCUGUGAGACGUAUAAGCCCAGUCUGGAUGAAGCUCAGAGGGUUUUCAACCCCUCUAUCGACAAGCGUCCCUCGGGUGAUGGCGAGAAGGCUGGAAACUUGCGAGCCGAGCUGAAGCCCAUCUUCAUCGGCGAUUCACUUCGAACCCUGCUCAACAAUCACUUCGUCGACUUACUUGGCUACCGACUCAAUUACGGCCACACAUGGAGGGGCGCAGAACUCUUUCUCAACGACAGCCAAGGACGGAUGCAUGAUCGGGAGGGGCAAGAACCCUUGCGGCCAGAAUACCACGUUUCUGAGAACUGGGACGAGUCAACGCCAGCGUUUCUGAAAGCCGACCAUGUCUCCGAUCCCGGCCGGAGCACAUUUUCAUUGUCGUUUCCUCUGGUGGCAAUGCAAUUCACACUGCGCCGAUUCGUGAAAUGUGUAGACUUCUGCCUCAACUGCUACUGCAAGCUUGACAAUGGAUUCGAGGCGCUCAAGCCCUAUGUUUGCUCUAAAGGGCUAUGUCUCUACCAAUAUAUGAAGCUCGGCAUGGGCCCGAGCCUCGAGUGGGAGAUCCUUUCGCAGCCGUAUGUUGUCGACAUUCUCAUCAGCCUCGCGUAUGUAAGGGCUUCAAGCGGCUAUCUCACCGACUUCCCCGGUGGUCUUGGCCUUAAGAUCCCCAAGAUGGUUGGAUCCCAGCUCCCAGAAGGGGCGUAUGCGGGGAAGUUGGACGUUGCCCGGAUGCAGCUUGAGGUGAGCGAGAAGGUAAACCUCAAACCUGGCGAUUGGAUAGUCCUAACGCAGCGGGAUAUGCCUAUUAUGCCAACGGGCACCCAAGCCCAGUGGCACUGCCGCGUUAUGAGCACCGUUUUCGCCCCGGUUUACGAGCUCGCCGAUCCGGUCCGUCAUCCUAAGUCGCCCAAACUGGAGUUAAAGCCGGAUGUCAAAUUCAUCGUGUACGACACGGAUUUCGACACCCUAGGAGAUGCACAUAAGCGGGAGACAAUCUGCAUGCUUCUGGACACUCUGCCCAACGUUGACCUGAUACGGUCGUUCUUGAAGAGCGAUCGUAAAGGGGCCUCGGAGAUGUCCCUUGCAACGUGGACUGAGCGGAUAUCUCCUCCCGCGUUAUAUGUGCUGCGGUGGAUCGUCGCGUCGAAUAGAUCCUGCAUCAUGCACGAAGAGAACCCCGAGCAUCGCGUCUUUGGUGUUGAUGGGUACAUGCAAUUUCGGUUGGCCCAAGGAGCGCCCGACAAGGAGCAUCGAUUUGUUCACGCUGUGCGCUCCGUGACAGAUCGUCUUAAUCUCACGUAUCCCACCCUGUUUGCCUGGCACGGUAGCCCACUGUACAAUUGGCAUAGCAUUUUGCGUGAAGGGUUGCAUUUCAAACAUAUGGCACACGGCCGUGCCUAUGGAAACGGGGUGUACAUGUCAAAUAGCUUCCAAUUAUCACUUGGUUACUCGCAGCGCUUCAGCCAGUCGUCCUGGCCUAACAGCUUGUUACGGGUGUCAAGUGCGAUAUCGUUGAACGAGGUGGUUAAUGCCCCCAAGGAGUUUGUCCAAUCCCAGGCCUGUUACGUUGUCCGGCAACUUGAGUGGAUCCAGCCGAGAUAUUUGUUCAUUCAAUGUCAGGACUCCUCGAAGCCUUCUGCCGAUGUCGCUCCAGCAUCUGCUUAUUACCAAGACCCUCAGCAUCGGGCUAUAGGUCCCGGUACGGCUGCCGUUGUCAUCCCUCUCUCUGCCUUGAGCAGUCGCGGGAUGACCACUGAUCGCAAUUCACCCAAAAAGAAGUCUGGUCGUGCUAGAAUAAAACUCUCGCUACUGGGUAAGGACAAUGGCGAUGACGAUAGCAACAGUGUCAUCACGCUCCCGGAAGAUCGCAUGUUACUGGAGGGGGACGUCGAGGAAGCUCUCCAGAAACGAUGUGGCGAGGGAGAUUUCGAUAAUGGCCAGCGGCAGGACUCCUCAUUGUUGACAGACUUCCGUCCUGGAUCAUUGCAGGAAGGAUCGAUCAAACUACUGGGACAACCUCAGUACGCGACCUCUCGAGCCACCAGGACCCUUCAGCAACAUUUACAAGCGACAUUGAAAGCUCAGAAGAAGGUGCCGUUGCAUGAGCUGGGAUGGUACAUUGAUCAUAACCUGGUCGAAAAUGUUUACCAGUGGAUUGUCGAGCUGCACAGCUUUGAGCCUAGUUUGCCGCUGGCUCAAGAUCUCAAGAAAGUUGGCCUCCAGAGCGUGGUGCUGGAGCUCCGCUUUCCUCCCCAGUUCCCCAUGUCCCCACCAUUCGUGCGAGUUAUACGCCCGCGAUUUGUCAUGUUCAGCAACGGAGGUGGUGGGCAUGUCACGUCUGGAGGAGCACUCUGUAUGGAGCUCCUCACCACGUCGGGCUGGUCUCCGGUUUCCAGUAUCGAAAGUGUCUUGUUGCAGGUCCGCAUGGCGAUCACGAGCACGGAUCCGCAGCCAGCACGGCUCGAUAUGCACCGCAGGGGUGAUUAUUCGGUGGGCGAGGCCGUAGAGGCAUAUGUGCGAGUAUGUAAAGCGCAUAACUGGCAGGUUCCUGCCGAUCUUCAACGCGUUUCAUGGACUUGAAGGAACGGUUAUCUUGGGGCUUAGCGAUCAUUCGUUUUGGAGUAUUAUGGCGUCUGGCUCUGUGAUUUUUUUUUGUGCUUAUAUUUUCUUUGUUAUCUGCUAUUGGCUCUCUGGUGGUAUUUCUAAUUCAUGUUUGACAUGUCGUCUCAAGGUAGUUUCCAUCUCGGCGGGCCGAAGCAAAGCGAGCAGCUGUCUUUCAAUCUAAUAUUA